UUAAGUAAUGAAAGUUUUUCCAGCAGAAGUCAGCUGACUAAACACAGUCCUGUUCACACUGGUGAGAAACCAUAUUCUUGUAGUUUAUGUAAUAAGAGCUUUUUUAAAAAAAGCAAUCUGGAUAAUCACAAUCGUGUUCAUACUGGCGAGAAACCAUAUUCUUGUAGUAUAUGUACAAAGAGUUUUUCACAAAAAAGGCAGCUGACUGUGCACUUUCGUGUUCAUACUAGGGAGAAACCUUAUUCUUGUAGUAUAUGUACAAAGAGUUUUUCACACAAAAGUAAUCUGACCGUGCACUUUCGUAUUCACACUGGUAAGAAACCUUAUUCUUGUAGUUUAUGUAAUAAGAGUUUUUCAGAAAAAGGUCUUCUGGCUAGACACAGUCCUGUUCACACUGGUGAGAAACCAUAUCUGUGUAGUAUAUGUAAUAAGAGUUUUUCAUGCAACAGUAAUCUGGCAGCGCACCUUCGUAUUCAUACUGGAGAGAAGCCUUAUUCUUGUUGUAUAUGUAAUAAGAAUUUUUCACAAAACAGUCAACUGACGAGACACAGCAUUGUUCAUACUAGUGAGAAACCUGAUUCUUGUAGUUAAUUCUUACCCCUGUAUUCACUGUUGACACUGACCUAACACGAUACACCCAGUUCCAACACCCUGGUUUGGAAAUAUUGACCACGAGUAAAAAAGUGUAUUCUUCAUUAUUUUUGGACUGCCUGUUUCACAACUGGGAGUUUCUUGUUAUCCGGUGGUAGAUUUACAGCCUGAUAAACAGUUUGUAUUCAAUUUUCAUUGCUAUAUUUAAUACAAAUUUUCUAUGAAGGAAUAAAAAAAAGAUUGCAUCGAGUAAUUAAAUUUGAAUCGCUCUUUUACUGAACAAAUGAAAAGUUGUUAGCUUUCGUUUUCCUAACUGACUUUUAUUAAAGAGCAAAAGUAUCAAA